UUCGGCGCUUAGCGCUCUCCUCCGGUUAGGCGCGCGCGAAAACAGCGGAGUGAAAUCUCACGAGCUCGCGCUGAUCAACCCCUACAGAAACUCUCUAUAAUCUUCAAACAUCUGCAAAAACCAUGGCGGACCCGAAGGAGGCACAAGAUGAACAUGAAACAUCCACGGAAAACGACUCCAACCAUGACCCACAUUUUGAGCCCAUAGUCUCACUACCAGAGCAGGAUGUCAAAACUCUAGAAGAGGAUGAGGAGGAACUUUUCAAAAUGAGGGCAAAGCUGUACCGUUUUGCCAGUGAGAACGACCCCCCUGAGUGGAAGGAACGUGGUACAGGUGAUGUCAAACUCCUGCGACACAAAGAGAAGGGUUCCAUUCGUCUUCUUAUGAGAAGAGAUCGCACCCUCAAAAUUUGUGCCAACCACAACAUUAUGCCGUUGAUGGAGCUGAAGCCAAACGCAGGUAGUGACAGAGCCUGGGUGUGGAACACACAUGCAGAUUUUGCUGAUGAACAACCCAAAGCAGAGAUGCUGGCUAUCCGAUUCCUCAAUGCAGAAAAUGCACAGAAGUUCAAGAUGAAGUUCGAUGAAUGCAAAGAAGAGGUCAGAAAGUCCCUAGAAGGUGACAUGAACGGCACCAACAAGGUGGCAGAAAAGCUGGAGGAGCUGUCCGUAAAAGACGACAAUUCAAAGAGUUCAGAGAACAAGAAAGAGGAUGAGAAGGAGGAGGUGAAGGAAGAGAAGAAAGAGGAAAAGGCAGAAGAGAAGAAAUGAGUGCAGGAACACUGCUUCAUACGGAUCCUCCACUUGCCAUUUUCCCCUUUUCUACAACAGACUCUGAAAAUUAAAUUUGGACACUUUUUCUUUUUGGCUUCUUGACUUCACAAGACCUUGGUGCCACACUUAAUGCGUCUGUUUCUCAAUCAUCAAGAUGUUGUGAGCUUCUGUCCCAUUUCACAAACUCCCAUAUUGCCCUUCAUCUUUUCAUACAUUGUGGACCAGUCGUCAGUUAUCAUGUAUUUGUGUUUUGACACAACAUGCUACGAUACAAGGCUUGUGCGAUUGAUUGAUUCCCACAUUGGGUAACCUCUUUUGUUGUUUUUCUUUUUUACUUUAAAGAGUUAUAUUGAGAGUGUCUAGAUGAGCAGGCUGUGUGAGUUGUUAGGGAAUAUGUGUAUCUGAGAUCUUUGACUUUUCCUUACAAUAAAGUCACACGAGGGACGUUCGACUUUCUCUGUGGCUUUAAUUUGCUAUUCUGUAAUUGACACUUUUUCUGUGGGGGGGUUCAUCAGGCAAAACAUUUGUCAGCUCUGUCAUCAAUAACUGAAGGAAAUGUUCAACUUAUAAUGGGUGUGACCCUCUUCUGUUUUAAAUGGAUAUCAAGACAAUAAAGAAUGGGUGACUCUGUAAUCACUUGUGUUUGUGGUGCUCCCACAAGCUGGUAAAGAAUACGCAAUUUACAAUUUUGUCAUCAAAAAGGAGCUGUGUAAACUGAAGUGAUUUUAACAUUAAACAAAGAUAAGCAUAGCUAAUAAUUUUGGUUAUCAUUCCAGUUAAAUUCCAAGAAACCGCAUUUGCAAGAUUUUUAGGGCAUAUCUGUGGUUAAUCUCUGUUGACUGCACACCGAAUGCUUUCUGGCUUUUAGAGGAUGUAUUUUGCCUUAAGUUGUGCGUGUAAAUUUUAGGAAUUAAUAUUUUGAUAAUGCGUUUAAUGAAUUUUUCACAUUCCCUGUUUUUGAGCAUUUUGAUAAACAGCAGGGUUCCUUAAAAUUACAUUGGCAUUUGAUGAUUGAUUUGAAAUCUCACAUUUUCUAGUGGUAACUAAUAAUGUAAAGGGUUGUGAACAAACCAAAUUAAAAGACUCUGCU